AUGCUUCAACGUCUACAGCCGGCUUGCGCCUCACCUGACGGCCGUUCACAAGGUGGCCAACUCGGACGAGAAGCGGCUGCUUCUCGCGCUGGCCGCCGGCCGCGUGGACACGCGGAAGACACCGUGCCCGGUCCCGGGAUGUCGCCGGACGCCAGCCCGCCUAGACAGGCACUUGAGGCAGCACGCGGAGCUCUCGACCUCGGGAAGGAAAGAGGCUAUGGGGAGGGCGAAACGCCGGAAAGUAGCUCGGGAGUUGCAGUGGCUGAGGUCCACCCAGCCUGCAAUCCCUGUCGUGUCCCAGCUAGCAUCGUCCUCCGAGGGGGAGCGGGACUCGGAGGACCCAGAGGCCGGCCGCCCGUGCGCCGACCGCGGCUGCAGGCGCGCCACCGAGCGCAUACAGGCUCAGCUCACGGACCUGGGGAAACAGGUUACCAAGAUGCGGUCCACCCUGCUCCAGAUCACACGCCUCUACCGGGAGCUGAGGAAGGGAGAAGGGGGGAGAAGGAGGAGGAAGCGGGCGAGGAGAACCAGGUCGCCUCCUGCACCACCGGCUCCCGGGCGAGGCGCGGCCGGAGGUCCGACGCCCCCCGAGCCUCCGGAGGCUUUGGAACCCUACCCGUUCCCGGACCACGUCCCCGCGCUGAGUUGAGUAUAUUUCAGGCACGUCACUGUCGCUCUGCUGGCUGUGUGCCUUCGGGGAAGUUGACUCUUGGUUGUGCUCGUUCCACAGACCUUCUCUUGGGGGAGUUCGAAGGGUACCAACUGGGCAGCGAGCCCACCCCCCGCCUGCGGAACAACGUCACUUCGAAGCUGGGGAGAAUCAAAGCCUUCCUUGGUUACAUGGCCAGGGGCACCGCGGAGCCAGGGGACUUCCUCUUCCUCAACCAACCAGCCCGAAUCCGAGCGUGGGCCGCCCGGCUAGGUCAGACGCGCAUGGCCGAGCCCACCAGGCAGCACUACCUGAAGAACGUGGCUCAGUUCCUAGACUACCUCUCGGAGACGCCGCCGGCCGCCUGUCAGCUCUCCAGCACGGCUCUGGUUCUGAUUCGAAGGGAGGUCAGAGCCCUCAUCCGCGGCAUACGCCGGCGUGUCGUCGUGCACGAGGUAAGGACCAAGCAGGCGAAGGAAAGCCGACUGAUCCCCAAGGCCAGCCUGGUGCGCUGUCACCGGACCGCUGGGAGGAAAAUUCCCGCCCUGCUAGAUAGCCUCGAAUCCAACCCAAGCACUAGGCAACAGUGGCGCUUCUAUGGCUUUCUGACUGGCUACCUAACCUCCAUCUCUGGGCACCGCUGUGGAGUCUUCCAGAAUCUCACAAUCCAGGAGGUUGAAGAGGCCUCCAGAAGCCCAGACGAGUCUGCUUAUGUCAUUAACGUGAGUAUGGCGCAAGUAAGGUGGGGGUCACCAGUAGCAUGCUCUCUCACUCACUCACUCACUCACUCACUCACUGCUUGUUCUCUGAUGGCAGAUUACCACUCACAAAACAAACAGAGCCUUUGGGGCGGCUCAGCUGUCCCUAAACAGGGAGGAAUACAGCUGGUUCCGCAGGUUUUUGGCGCUGCGGGCUGGUCUCCCCGGAGGGAGCCAGGCUACCUAUUUCUUUUUCACUUCCAGAGCCAGUCCUUGUCGGACCCUGAACAAGUACUUUCAGUCUGCUUGGCUCAGUAUGGGCCUUCCAGGCAAACCCACCUUUACUGACGUACGCACUGCGAUCGCGACUCAUGUGAGUAGGCAUUGUGACGCCCCUGUAACUACCAGCGGCGGCUUCUAUCCUAAUCAAGCUUCUGUCUCUCUCCGACGCAGGCAAAGAAUGCACACUCUUCAGAGGAUCGCCGCAAGGUGGCGCAAUUCAUGUGCCAUGACACUUCAACCUCAGAUAAGUUCUACGCACUUCACCUCGGACCUCUCCAAGCACGCGAGCGCCGCAGACUCUUUGAAAGGGCCCUGGUGGAGGAGGAGGAGGAGGAGGAGGAUGGGGAGGCAGCGGGCACUGAAAGCCCCCCGCGGAAAGGGCGCAAGAGGACAGAGACUUCCGUCUCUCCCCUGGUAAAAAUCACAUUCUCUUUGGCGUGGACAGCAGAACGUAUGGCAUUGGCUAACUUCCCUUUAUGUGUCUCUUUUCCAGGAGGGAACCAGCAGGAGGACGCUGCCAUGGCGCCCUGCCAAAGGGAAAAGCCAGGGCGCUCGCCCGCUCGAAC